AUGGUGCAUCGCUUGGAUCAGCUGAAGGCCGAGGAGGUGGAGUUGUUAAAGCAAUGUGCCGAACUGGAGCAACUGCUGCGUUCGGAUCCCCUGAGCUUUGAAAAUGAGGCGCUCGAAGUCCAGUUGCAACAAAUCCAUGCAGACCACGCGCAGCUCUUAGAGGAGCUCAAAGGUACCCGUGAGUUUUAUGGUCGCAGGAUCAACGAUAUGACGUCGCAACUGGAGGAUCGGUCCCGAGCCACCUGCACGGCCCAGGGACAUGCAGAUUGCCUGGGCGAUUUGCUGUUGUUCCAUGAGGACAAUGGAACUCUGGCAGGGAGCUAUUGGCGCACCCAGUGCGUGAAACGCGACGACAGCAUCCGUUUCCUGUCACUGAAGCUGCAGGAAUACACGGUGAAUUCGGCGGAGUACCACAAACGCCGCUCCGCCAGCUUCUCUGGGGACUCGGAGGUGGAGAAAACUUCCGCAGAGUCGCCGACAUUGGCACGGACGGCCUCGGCGCCGAUUCAAGGUGUGAAUCAGGCAGCCUUUAAAGCAGCUGAACGUGCAUUCAAAGCACUAAACGAACGACACUCUGGUCUAUGCGAAGAGUUGCAACGAGCAGAAGAGCAGGCGUGCAAAUUGGAGCAGGCUAUUGAAACAUGUGAACUGCGAUGUGCUGGCUUAGACUUCGCUUCCGAGAAUGAUGAGAGUCAUAGCGAUUUGAAAGACGAAAUCCGUCAGUGUCAGGAUGCCCGCGCCUCCGCCCAUCAGUUGCCCAGCUGGGCCUUGCGUUGCGCCUGGCGCGACGCGUUGGACCUCCGCGCCGCGCAGCUCGAGCGCGUCUCGGCGCAGCUGGACAGCACCAAGCGCUCCUUUGACGCGGCUAAUGAGGAGCUGAAUUGGCACGCCACUAGUGCUGAAGCCCUGCGAACGCGCCUGGCAGAUGUCUUGAGGGCGACAGCUGCAGAGAAGAGACGAGGGAGUGAGGCGCUGGCGGAAGAAGUCAGGAGGAAACAGACAUUGCAGGAGCUGCUGGACCGUUGGUUUGCUUUGAGACCAGAAGUUCCAGUACCAACAGCGUGUGCGCAGGCGCAGCAGCUGCUGGCUGAGUGCGAGGGCAGUUAG